AGGGCCACAAGGUCCUUGAAUUUCAUAAUCUCUAUCCACCACCACGGCAGCCACCACCGUCGCCACCAGUCUUCACCCCUCUCUCCUCUCCUCUCCUCUCCUCUCCUCUCCUCUCCUCUCAUCUCCUCGUCUCGCCUACCAACUCUCUCUCUUCUCUCUCUGCAUAUCCUCCGUCGAAUCAUCUCCGAAACCUCUUACUUUCCCUUCUUUCUCCACCACCACCACCACCACCAACAACAACAUAAAAGAAAGCCUUCGGUUAACGGAGCUAAAGAAGCCGAAAUCCUGGCUCAAAAGAUUGGAAAAUCCAAUAGGCGCCCUGGCGCUCCUUCUAAAUCUAGGGUUUACUCUGAUGUCAACAUUAUUCGUCCUAGAGAAUAUUGGGACUACGAGCUCCUCACUGUUCAAUGGGGCGAACAGGAUGAUUACGAGGUGGUGAGGAAAGUCGGGAGAGGGAAAUACAGUGAGGUGUUUGAGGGGAUUCAUAUUACGGACAAUGAGAAAUGUGUCAUCAAGAUUCUCAAACCUGUCAAGAAGAAGAAGAUUAAGAGGGAGAUUAAAAUACUGCAGAAUCUUUGUGGAGGGCCCAAUAUUGUGAAGUUGCUGGAUAUAGUUAGGGAUCAGCAAUCUAAGACUCCAAGUCUUGUAUUUGAAUAUGUGAAUAAUACGGAUUUUAAAGUGCUUUAUCAGACGCUAUCUGACUAUGAUAUUCGAUAUUAUAUCUAUGAACUUCUGAAGGCUUUGGAUUAUUGCCACUCACAAGGUAUUAUGCACCGAGAUGUGAAGCCCCAUAAUGUGAUGAUUGAUCAUGAACAGAGGAAACUUCGUCUUAUUGAUUGGGGCCUUGCAGAGUUCUAUCAUCCUGGGACAGAAUAUAAUGUUCGUGUUGCUUCCAGAUAUUUUAAAGGUCCCGAGCUUCUUGUCGAUUUACAGGACUAUGAUUACUCUUUAGACUUGUGGAGCCUUGGUUGUAUGUUUGCUGGAAUGAUAUUCCGGAAGGAGCCAUUCUUCUAUGGGCAUGAUAAUUAUGAUCAACUGGCCAAGAUAGCCAAGGUUCUUGGGACAGAUGAAUUAAAUGCUUAUCUGAAUAAGUACCGCAUAGAAUUGGAUCCACAUCUUGCAGCCCUUGUUGGGAGGCACAGUCGAAAACCUUGGACAAAGUUCAUCAAUGCUGAGAAUCAGCAUCUGGCAUUACCUGAGGCCAUUGACUUCCUUGAUAAGUUGCUUCGAUAUGACCAUCAAGAAAGGCCAACUGCAAAAGAAGCAAUGGCUCAUCCUUAUUUUAACCCAGUUAGGAACGCCGAAAGCAGCAGAACUUGUCCCUAACAUGCUAAAUUUGUGAAGCUGUCAAGCCACGGCAUCUUAUCUUCAUUGUGCCAUGCUUUGCUUGGGGAAAGAUCCUGCCUGUGUAGUCCGACUGAAGAUUUGGUGUUAGAGCUUUUGAGUUUAAGAAAUCUUUGAAAUAUGUUUUAUCUGUUUUUUACAACAGAAAUUUCUGUUCAUCAUUCCAGAAUUACGUAUUUGCUCAAA